AAGUCCCAGUUUUAUGAGAGUGUCACUAAGCCGGGGCUUUGAAGUUAUAUAAAGACAUUGAUAGUCUAUGUACAUGAGAUUUAACAAGUAGGUAUUGGGCAGAAGUAUGUUUUUUAUACAGACUAUACAUUCAAACUAAUACGUAAAUAUGCUAAUGAAUAAUGAGUUCAUAACAAUCAAUAUAGUUUCGAUUUUCAUAUACAGGCGCCGCUCUCUACGUGAACGAUUGAUUCUCCGACCCAAUAGUUGAAUAUUUUCAGCUUUCUUCCCAUAUUCGAGCGGAUAUUACUCUCAGUGUGCUGAGUACGUCGAUGACUGCAAAAGCUGUCACUUGAAUAUACAGACUGCUAGAGUAUACUUGUAGAAAAUUUAUCGUAAAUAAGGUUUUUUUCUUUAAGAAAUAUAUAAAUUAAUAAUACAGUAUUUUCAGAGUUAAUAUGUCUGGAUGGUGCAGCUUGGCAGGAUACUUAACGUACAAAGCACCUGGAGCGCUUGGAAAGUUACGAGGUAAAAGGCGACAAUGGUUUAUACUGGACGAGAAAAACACUGUUUUAACAUUCUACAAAAGUGAAGACGAAGCUUCACUAAAUAAGGAACCACAGGGUACAAUAGAUGUAAAGAAUGUGGCUAUUUGCACGAGUGCUGAUAAUUCGAAUCAAUUCAUUAUCGUAUGCGAUAAUAAGGAGCAUAUACUGACUGCUGACAACCAUGAAUCGAUGAUGAUAUGGCUUGUACGCAUUCAAGCUCAGAAGAAUAGGCAUUCGUCAUCCUCAUCCAGUAAUAGUAAUAGGUCACCUUAUAGAAAUGCCCGUAGCGAAGACGAUGCCGAUACAACACCAUUUCAAGAUUGCAGAAGAAGGAGUGAAGCUGAUAUCAGACUGCCCCGACCACUUAGUGAUAACAUUCGACGUAUAUCAACCCUUAUUAGUGCUCCUAAAGGAUUCGAUAAAGAUAUUGACGAAGUUUUCAGCGAUAGACCUCACAGGAAGAGGAAAACAGGGCAGGAUAACCUCACGCCCUUCUCCGCUAGUCAAAGAUCUGCAGAUUCAGUUUUUGAUAGCACACAAGGUACCACACCGGCCACAAAUUCACCUGAUUCAGAUUUUGAAUGUCGUAUGGCUGACCUAGAAGAGGAACUCAUGGACGUUAAACAAGCUCAUAAAGAAGCUCUUGAACGAGAAAAUUCAUACAAGUUAACUUUACAAAGGCGAGACGCUGUUAUUUUGGAGCAAGAUGAAAAGAUUGGAAAACUGCAAGAACAAGUUAUAAAACUGGAGCAAAGAAAUAGAACACCAACGAAUAAGAAUGAAGAAAUGAGAAUUUUACGAAACCAGAACAAUUUCCUAAACGCAGAGAUAAAGAGAUUGACGAGAUUAAGAGUUAACGAAAGAGAAGCAUCAGGCAGCAAAGAUAGUCGUCUUUACGAAUUAGAAAACGAGAUUGAACAAUGGAAGCGUGACUAUGUACUUCUCUUGCAAAGCUGCAUUACAGUACCGACUGGUGACAUUAGCGACGGAGUCUCAGUCAAUUUAUAUGGUGGUGAUCUUCACAAAAACAGAGUAAAGCAAUUACUUGCUGAAGCUCGUUCCCACAAUCCAAGCCUGCCGACUUUUGAUAAGAUGGCCUCAGCUGCCCUUCACGUUGAUGGUUAUGGAUUUAAACACUCUCAUUCGAAUGAAGGUCUCCUUCUCCACUACAUCUGCACUCAACUACAUCAGUUCUAUUCAGCAACUGACCUUGAAGUGAUGCACAGUGAUUGGAAAGAGGUAAUUGCUUCCGGUCCGGAAGCCUUGCGUCAAGGUACCUUCAUCCUCAAACGUCUUGUUCGAAGUGGAGUACCGGCAGUUAUGAGACCAGCCGUUUGGAAAGCUUUAAUUAGAUCCAAGGUAAGCAAUGAAUUGGAGGAAAAAGGUCUACAUUAUUACGAUAAUCUCGUUUCGAUAUCUCGCGAAAACGAACAAGUUGCGAAACAUCGAAAACAAAUUGCUCUGGAUCUUCUACGAACUAUGCCUUCUAAUGUUCACUUUGAUUCACCCAAUACUGACGGAAUAGCCAAGUUACAUGAUGUCCUUAUGGCCUUUUGUUUACACCGACCUGAAACUGGUUAUUGCCAAGGAAUGAAUUUUAUCGCGGCAACAGCUCUUCUCCUACUUGAUCCACACGAUGCCUUCUGGACCUUGGUUGCAAUUACUGAAAAAUGCUUUAGUGAAGAUUACUUUGAUUCUUCGCUCACUGGAGCUCAGGUUGAUCAAGAGGUUUUAAAAGAGUUAAUAGCUGAAAAAUUGCCUCAUCUACAUAAUCAUCUUCGACGUCUCGACAUCGACCUAACAACUAUAACUCUUAAUUGGUUCUUAGCCGUAUUUAUCGAUGCUGUACCAUUUGAAUGUCAAUUAAGAAUUUGGGAUUGCUUUCUUUGCGAAGGCCCAAAAGUUCUCUUUCGGUUCGCUGUUGCCCUUUUGAGUAUGCAUGGCGACGGCCUUUUGCAACGACAAGAUACUAUAAGCGUUAUGAGAUACUUAAAAGCUGUCGCAAAGUUAACAUACGACGUUGAUGGUCUCUUGCAUACAGCCUUUAAUAAAUUGGCUCCUUUUCCAAGAAGAGCAGAUAUUACUGAUAGGCAAAAGAGGCAAAGUAAGAAGCUAAAGGCUGAAAUGCAAAGAGCUAGAGCUCAAUGUGAGAAAGUCCUAAGAGUAGAGAGCUUUGAAGGAAAGGCAUUGCCUCUAAUAUCUUGUCCCAUCGACAAUAAACAAGUUCUUAUCUGUUUCGUAAAGGAAGAUACGAGUAUACUAUACAGAGCUGAUAUUUCACUUUUGUUACUUCAUCGACUCGAUAUCAAGAUCGAUGGUCGGGUGACAUGCGCUUUAUCGAUUCAGACUGGUUGUAUUGUAUUGGCAACAGUCUCUAAAAGAUUUUAUAAACUACAUAUUGAUGGAGAAGAUUGUAAAAUAGUAUGGAGCUGCAACCUACAUGCAGUGAUGCUUUGCAUGGCAGUUCACCUAGAAGAUGAUGACUGUUGUCGCCUGUUUACUGGAAUGGCUGAUGGUACUGUAGGGGUGAUGGAUAGAUUAAACGAAUCGGAUGAUGACUGUCUUUAUGUACCGAUUUCAAGAUGUGCUGUUUCAGCAUUAUGUGUGGCAUCGGAUCACUUAUGGGUGGCAUGCGGAGCAACAAUACAUAUAGUACAUUUAGAAACACUGGAUCCAAUCGAUAAAAUAACGGUGGCAUCUGAUCUCCUCGACCAAGUUCUGUCCAUGAGCUCGACACCUGCGGGUGUUUGGAUGGUCGUUAGAGGUUCCAGCUUAAUACAAUUGUGGUCACCAACCAAUUACACCUGCCUACUACAGUAUGAAACUAGAGAAGGUAGUAAUAGACUGGAAGAAGAUGAAACUGCUUUAAAUCCUACAAGAAUAACAAGUAUGUUGACGGGUCGUAAUGGAAUAUGGCUUGGAACCGCUAAUGGUCAAGUAAUGGCCUUGGAUUUAAUAUCUUCAGUCAUAUUAACUCCUCCCAUUAAUAAUGAUUCGACUAGUUUGGAUUUGGGUAGUGCUUCAGUGUCUCAUCUAUUGGAAAUUCCUGCAGGCGAUUUUCGUUCAUCAACUUCUUCUUUAGCAUCGACAACGUCGUUGAAAGACGUUACCUAUGAUCUCAAAUUGAUUUUUAGGUCCAAAGUUUCGGAUAAUGUCGUACGAUGUAUAGUUGCCCUAUCUUCACCUUCGGAUAUAAAGGUAGUUACAGCGGCGGGCGACGUUGAAACAGAUAAGAAUGCUGUUUUUGUAUGGGGUCGUAAAUCGAACGAGGAGGAUGAUUGGUUACGAGAGAGUGUACAGCUAGCAAGUAAAGUUCCCGACAUUAACUUCAGGUCACCAUGUCUUCAAGUCCAAUGCAACGAUAAGGAAUCAAGCAAUAUGAUACAGUAA